AUGUCCUCGAACUCCCGCUCCAAUGGUCGCUCUAAUGGCACCGCAACCUCCAAGCUGGUCGUCGUCCUUAGGCUCUCAUCAAGUCUUCUGAGAAAGUUCGCGCCUGUGCCAGACACAAAGGACAAGAGGAGGAAGAGCAGCACAGCGGCGGCCAUCGCCAGCAACAAGACCACCGAAGCCGCUGGCUCCCCUCUCAAAAAGGAGGAGGUUCCCUCCUCGCCCUCAUUAUCCGCCGCGGACCCGGCACCCGCUGCGUCCUCCGUGGACACUGCAUCCGAUGCUGCUUCCACACCCGCCGCUGCUUCCUCAGCGGCCGAUCGUCGAAAGGGUCUUCCCGGUCCAAAGCCUGGUGCGAAGAGAGGUCUCAACGCCACCCCAGACAGCAACCUCAAGCCGAGGGGGAAGCCCGGCCCUAAGAAGAGGCCUAGGCUUGAGGAUGGCACCGCGGAGAAUGUUAGAUUGAGCACUACCCAUCGGUUGGGACCCAAAGCCAACACAGGCGCGAUUAAUGCCGGACUUCGUGCUCUAGAUCGGACUGGCGCCCCAUGCCGCAAGUGGGAGCGUAAGCCCUUGCAGCUCAAGAGCUUUACUGGAAUACAAUGGCAGCUACCUUCCUGGCGCGCGCCCCGGGGCCAGAAACAGGGAACGAACGGUGACACGAAAGAAGGUGUUCUCGAGACUGGUGACAGCGACAGCAGAGCCAACCAAAGCGCAAGCGGCGUUCCCAGUGAAAAGAGCAACUCUGGUGACGGAGACCUCACACCGGCUCCUCCCAGUAUGGUCGAGGCAUCGUCGCCUGCCCUCGCCAUGGCCGCCUAG